CAUAGUAAAUUAAUUGUUUAUGAGUCAGAAUCUGAGACGAAGCGACAGUGGGGCUAACAAUUUCCUCCUACCAGAGAGAGAAAUUGGUAUGAGAUGUCAAGAAAUUUGAUUUUUGAAUGCGAUCGUCCUUGUCGGUGUCUAUUACUGUUACAAAAAAGCUCUGAUUCUUCUUCAAUCGUUUUCAAAUUUCGGCUUCUCGAUCCUCUGGUACUGUGUCCUUUCACUCUUUUCCUGUUCAUUAGCUUCGUCGUCUUCCCGCGAUGAUUUUUCAAACUUUUUUAGCUUUUCCCCAAAUUAAGAACCAUUUUGUAGCUUCUGGAUUUUCUUGAAUCUUCGAGUUUGUUCAUUGGAUCGAUUCCCAUUCUUAAUUCGAGCAAUGGUUCUUCAAGAUCAGACGCUUUCCUUGAAUCACUGCUGUUGAAAAAGCGUUUGCAGAUCAAGCUUUACUUGGUUUACUGUUCUUGAGUUUUGAAGGUUGAGGAGUAGCAAUUGCAUAUGGUGGCUAUUAUGUUCAUCAUGCUGGAAAUGUUCCAUUUCUGAAGGAAAUCAUAUCAGUUCAAGUUUAGCUCUGUACUGCUCAAUUCAUUUCCAUUUGGAGAAUCAUGGUGGAGGUUAGUGUAAAGGGACGUCGGGGAGAAUCUCGGUUGGCUGAAGAUUGGUUGUUACUUGCCCAAGAGCUGGUCCCGGUAGCACUACGUAAGGCUAUGGAGGUCGAAGUGUUUCUCGGUAGGUGGAAGAUGAUUAUUUCCAAGAUGGAGCGAAUCCCGUCUCGUAUAUCGGAUUUGUCUAGCCACCCCUUUUUCGCCAAGAAUGCUCUCUGUAAAGAGCAAUUGCAGGCUAUCUCGAAAACGUUGGAAGAAGCAAUUGAAUUGGCGGAGAUCUGUUUGCAGGAAAAGUAUGAUGGGAAGCUUAGAAUGCAGAAUGAUCUCGACUCGUUAUCCGGGAAGUUGGAUUUGAAUUUGCAAGAUUGUGGCCAUUUGAUCAAGAUCGGUGUGCUGGGUGAACCCACUUUGCCUUUAUCUGUAACUGGUACUUCAACUGAACCCGAGUCGAUUGACCAUAGAAAUGUGAGGGAAUUGCUCGCCCGGUUACAAAUUGGGCACUUGGAAGCCAAGCACAGAGCUCUCGACAGCCUUGUCGAGGUCAUGAGAGAGGAUGAAAAGACUGUCCUCGGCGUCUUGGGACGUAAUAACGUUUCUGCUCUAAUCCAGUUGCUUUCUGCAACAUCGCCCUGCAUUCGUGAGAAAGCAGCAAUGGCGAUUAGCUCGAUUGUGGAAUCGCGGAGUUGCGAAAAUUGGCUGAUUUCAGAGGGUGUUCUACCACCUUUCAUACGACUUGUCGAGUCUGGAAGCACUCUUUGUAAAGAAAAGGCUGCAAUUUCCCUCCAAAGACUAUCAACAUCAGUCGAAACUGCACGCGAAAUCGUUGGCCAUGGAGGAGCUCAGCCACUGAUCGAUAUCUGCCGAACCAGCAACCCUGUGUUGCAGUCGGCAGCUUCGUGCACUUUGAAGAACAUGUCAGCCAUUCCAGAGGUUAGGCAAUCUCUAGCCGACGAAGGAAUCAUUCCAGUAAUGAUCGAUCUCCUCGGUAGCGGAAUUCUCUCAGAGUCGAAGGAACACGCAGCCGAAUGCUUGCAAAACCUCACUACAGGCAGUGAAAAGCUACGAAUGUCUGUGAUUUCAGAAGGUGGCAUACAAAGCCUAUUAGUUUACAUCAACCACACACGAACCCAAGAAUCCGCCAUAGGGACACUGAGAAAUCUCCUCAACUUGGUUCCGACCGAGAUUCUAACAUUUCUUGGCGUUCUUCCAUGUCUACUUCGUGUCCUUAAAGAAGGAUCAUUAGGUGCUCAGCAGGCAGCUGCAUCAGCAAUCUGCGUGGUUAGCAGCUCACCAGAGAUGAAAAAGAUACUCGGGGAAGCGGGGUUCGUUCCUCCACUGAUCAAGAUGCUCGAGGCGAAGUCAAACAGUGUCCGAGAAGUGGCAGCACAAGCCAUCGCGAGCUUAAUGAUGCUGUCCCAAAACAGCAAUGAAGUGAAGAAAGAAGAGAAUAGUGUCCCAAAUCUUGUGAUGUUGCUGGACUCAAAUCCAAAGAACACAGCAAAGAAAUAUGCAGUGGCAUGCCUUGUAAAUCUUGCUCUGAGCAAGAAAUGCAAGAAGCUGAUGAUAUCACAUGGAGCAAUUGGGUAUCUCAAGAAACUUGUAGAAAUGGAGGUUCCUGGUGCUAAGAAGCUAUUAGAGAGAUUGGAAAGAGGGAAUUUGAGUAUUUUCAGCUGGAAAUAAACCAAAAACCGAGUCGUUCAUCGUUCCAUCCAUCGUAUGCUCGUCAUUUUUGUUGGAUCUUGCUGUUCAAAUCGUCGCGGAUUGUAUAUAUUCGAGUAUGAACGACGAGAGCAAACUCGAUUCCUUGUUCGUGAGGAUAUGAGCGGAGAAUUUGACUCAAGAACCAUCCGUGUCUCUCCGUUUUGCUUUGUAAUAUUCGGAAUCCUUCUAAAUUACAAGUGUUUAUUAGGUUUGAGAACUUAAAAUAAAAGUUUAAUAAGUCCCUAAACUUUCGAUUUUGAGUUA